AUGUAUAUUUCAUACGCUGAGAUCCAGAAACGAUAUCCUUAUAUUCCAAUUAGAACUAUAAAAACAACAAUUACUCAGGCAGCAAAACAAGGCCCAACUCAGGCUGCAUUACCUCGUUCUGGUACACCAAAAAAGUUGGAUAAAACAGACCGAUUAAAGAUACUUACAGUAAUUUUAGAGAACCUACAAGUCAAAUAUAAUGCAUUACUAGCAAUAGUUGACUUUAAAUAUAGCUGA